GACGCACCGGAACCUCGGCGCGAGAGGAGCCGAGGACAAGAUCCCAAACCCAAGUAAUUAAAAGCCAGAGACGAAGGCUGCGAAGGACCUGCGCUGCGACACGGCCACCGGAAGUAGUCUGCGUGUUACUAGAGCUGAGAGAAUUGUAAGGACAGAUCCAGAAUAGAGGACCAUGACAAUGACACUAGGAGUGGAUGCAUCUCAAACUCCAAAGCCUAAGGGUAAACUAACUCGUCCAAAGCCAUGUUAUCUCUGGACUACGGCAGAUGUUCAAAAGUGGUUCAAGCGGCAUUGCAGUGAAUAUUUUCAGCUAUAUUCCCAUCUUCUCAUUCAGCAUGACAUCACUGGCAAGGCCCUUGUGAGGAUGACGGAAGGCACCCUCAUCAGGCUAGGCAUAGCACAUCCUGAGCACCUCGAGGCCAUCUGGCGGGAGAUUCUGAAGUUGAGGCUAAAGGCUGACAUACAGGAGAUGAAGGAAAUUGAAAUGAGUUCCAUCAUCUCCUAAAGGGAAGAGAGAGGAAGGUGCGAGUGUGAUAUAAUCAAAUUCCAUUAUCUGCUUCUCUUUUGUGUGAUAAAAAAAGUUUAGUAGCUUUAACAUAACAAGGACAUGUAAACAGGGUUUUUGUGUUUAUUGAUUUGAGACAUGGAUUGCUGAAAUUUUUCAUUUGCUUGAUUUUCAAGAAAAUCUUGGCAUUUGAUAUGAUAUUCAGAAGACUUGUACCUCUAACAGUAUAUUGCACAGGUAAAAUGAGUCAGGUAAACUGUUUAUUCCAUCAAUUACUCAGACAUGUGUUUCCUCUUACUGUUUAAUGUUGAUGAAUAACCUAUUGGCAUUACUUGUAAACUACAAUCUUAGUCAUUUUUAUAUGUGUAUGUUUGAUUGUACAUGAGAUGCAAAUAGUUUAAUUUAUGUGCCCAGUACUAUCAGAAAAGCCUGUACUAUAUAAUUUACAUUUUACAUUUCUUUUAAUGUUUGCCAUAGAAAAUCAGAUUUUUUUUCUCUCUCUCUCUCUCUCUCUCUCUCUCUCUCUCUCUCUCUCUCUCUCUCUCUCUCUCUCUCUCUCUCUCUCUCUCUCUCUCUCUCUACUUACCAUGUUCCUUAUCAGUUUUGUUUUGUAGACUAGUUAUUGGCUAUGCCUGUUUUUGAAGUCUGUAUUUCAUUUUUAUUUAUUUUAUCUUCAAAAUCUCACUAUUUGCUUAUCAGUAGUUACAAAAAGGAAUGUCAGUUCUAGGCAGUGUAGAUAAAGCAAGCAGUUUAAUUUCUUCACAUUAAUAUUUUUUUUUUAUCUAAACAUAUGAAUUAUGUAAUUGAAAUAGUAGUUUACUCCUUAAUAACUAAGUGCUUUUGGAGCCCUCUGUAUGUAAACAGAGUUAAUGAAACAAACAUUGUAAGUAUGCAUGCUCUCCUGCCAUCAAUGAGUUAGAUUCAGAAUUGAAAUGUACCUCUCUCAUUUACCUGCAUAUUAAAAGAAAUCCUGUAGCAACUGUUGAACUGUAUCUAUUGGCAGUGGUAGUAUAUACUGAUUCUAGGCGUGUGAGGCAUGAGAUGUCUUACAAUGACUGGGAUAAUAGGGACCCACCUGAAAUUCAUAUCCCUAAUAUCAAGAAUUAACCCUUUUCACUCAGAGAACUAGUGGCCUUAAAUUUAUUCGUUGUUGUACUAGAAGAAAAAUUCUUUUUGAUCAGAGUGUCACGUUUUAAAGUCCUAUUUGAUACCCAGGCAUGAAUUUGAAUUUUAUAACUUUUGGCCACUAAUUAGAGGUAGAAAUACAACUUGGUAAAUUCCAAAUGCUUUUUAUAAAACAGUAACUUUUUUCCAUUUCUUGCAAAGAAUUAUAUCAAAGAGCUUUAUCUUAUCAAAUAAGAAGCUCAUAAUGUUUCCAGACAGUAUUAUUAGACUAUAUGUAUGAGCUGUAAUAUAAAAUUGUUUUAUUUUUAAUGGCAUAAGUAUAUACUAUGUGGCUUUUUCUUCAACCUUUUUUAAUGCUGUAAUUUGGAAUUGUGCAACAAAAGAUGCAAAAGCACAAAACUGUUCUAUGAAUUCCACUUUAUAUACCUUGAACAAAAUCAUGUAUUUUUGCAUUUCAGUUUGUAACUAUCCUUUUUAAAAAAUCAUUGUAUUGCAAUUGUAAUGCAUUUUGAAACCUUUUCAAUGUUAGCAGUUAUGUAGUCUGUUUCCCUUGUGAAAUUAUUUAGCAUUUUGAAAAUAAAAUGUAUUUCUGUUUUUAGCUAUAAUUAGGUGGAUUGUGUAGAAUUCAGUCAUAUUUACCAUUCCAUGGUUCAUGUAAAAAGUUAUUCUGUUUGUGUUAUCAUCUUUUUGGAAAUAAGGAAUUUUGUUGUAACAUCAAUUGUUACAGAUUGCUCAUUUACAGGCAUUAUGAUACUGAUUCAUCUUUUUGUUUUUAUUUUUUGGGCUAAAAAAAAUAACCACAAUAAGAGAUGCUAGAAUUUAACCCCUUGUGGAUAGAUGGUCAAAUUUUCAAUAAAUCCAGAUUUGAAGAAUAUAUUUUAUGUUUUAGAAAAUGGUAAUGACAAAGAAAACUGGAAAUGUAUGCAGUUAUCAUUUAUUAACAUCAUUUUUAUGUUGUGAAGGAGUGUGGAAGGUGGUGGCUUGGUGAAUGUGAGGUUUGGAUGAGAAAAGGAGGGUUGAUACAGUGAGGCUGGCUGGCUUUUAUUUCAUAUACCAGGUAACCACCUGUCAUGAAAGAUCUUGGAAGAAGGAAAGAAUAAAAAUGUAUUUUAACUACUUACUAUUGUCUCUAUCCAUGUUAUAUUUGCAUAUGUUUGUGUGCCCUUUGGUUUUUCAUUUAAGGUUGGGCAUGCAUGCGUGCAUGCAGGUAUGUGUGUGGCAUUGAAGUAACUUGGCUGACUGUGUCCAAAUGAACAAGAAGUGAUUGUUGGGAUUUGUCUGUCUUCAUGCCUGUGGAAACCCAUACUGUUGUCCAUGUGACAUCCAAUCAAAGCCAGGCAGGAAUAAGAGGAGGUACUCAAUAGAGCUGUGUGUGCUGUGAUAACCAUGGUGAGCAACAAUAAGAAUUAUUAUAGGGGAAAAAGGGCUUUAAACUUCUGGACACUGUUUGGUGAUCCUGUAAAACUCCAGAUGGAUACUUGGUUGGGUUGCCUGUGGAUGCAAGCAAAGUCUGUCAACAGGCAACCUACUCAUUUUUUGCCUGUUGAAUGCUUUCUGUUUGUUUGUGUCCAUCUGUUUGUGUGAGAAGAGUUGAAAUAACUAUGAUAACUGAGGAUGCAAUGCGACCUGUCCUCACCUAGAUGCAUGUAAUGUUACAGGACCUACAAGGGGUUAAUGUGAGCCCUAAAUAUUUAAUAGCUUAAUUUUUUCCACCUUGAAUUUGCUGGCUCUUUUCUUUUUCAAUCUGUUUCUGUUUCCAUUUUCUUUUUUUCUUCUUCUUUUCCCCCUUUAUCAUAUUGUAUUAGUAUGUUUUAGUAACAUUUACUUUUUUUGUGUCCCAUCCUAUUUUGUUUGUCUUUCAUUUCAGUUAUACAAGAAAAGCAGAUUAUUUGUUCAGUAUCAAAAUGUCUCUUUUUUUCCUAUCCUGUUAUGCACAAAAUUCAAAACAUAUCAUUACACUGUAGAAAAUUGAAUAUAUAUACAAGUUCAUUGUGAUAUAAACUGUUAUUUUUAAAGCUCAUUAGUUGAUCUUAGCUCCUUUCAACUCAAGAUAUUUAAUGUAUUAUCAUUCGGAGCACUGUAAUCUAGCUGUGAGAAAAAAAAGUUUGGUCACUUAUCAAUAUUAUUAUAAUCAUUAUUGUAAUUUUUUUCAUGUACCAAUAUUCUUAAAUGUGCCUUCUCAGUGUGUGACUAGUUUCCCAUCCUCUAGAUGCCAUAUUGUUAAUGGUAAAUAGUAUUAAUGGCAUUUAGUACAUGACCGGAUGCUGCCUUUUGUUCUCCCCAGCAGUAUUAUGAAAGACUUGAUUUUGCUAAAGGUAGAUAUUAAUUGAUGCUGAUGAUGAAGGAUUCUAAAUUGAUCCUUGCUUGCUUAACCUGUAUGGACAAAGGCAGUAAAGGGCAUAUUUUUGAGAUGGCAAGGUGAAUAGUAGGUGUUCCUAUUUUGAAGAGCCUGUAUACAAAUAUGGCUUUUUUAAUUACAUGUUACCUUAGGGACAGUGAACUUCCUUAUCCAGAAGACUUUUAGAAAUUAAAUAAUAAGAGAAAGUCACA